AUGUGGUGCUCAAUGCCAGCCUUGCUUAUGGCCUAUGCUGCGCUCGUUGUUGCCAACAAAGCCGCCUCCGAUGUUAUUGAUCUUACCCCGGCGACCUUUGAGUCCAUAGUCCAGGAGGAACCGCUCCUCUUGGUUGCAUUCGUUGCUCCAUCAAUGUCGUACCACUGCGUGCGCUUGGCUCCGCAUUAUGAACAGGCCGCCACCGCCCUAAAGGAGAGGGGAAUCAAGGUUGCAAAGGUGGACUGUGUCCGCGAGGCUGAUUUCUGUCAGUCAGAAGGGAUACAAGUAUAUCCUGUUCUCAAAGUUUACCGGCAUGGCGAGGCAACAACCUACACUGGCCCACGAAAAUCAUAUCACAUUGUUGACUACAUGAUUCAUCAGCACUACCGCACUGUUUUCGAUGUCACAGCCGAGAACCACGACGCGUUCACUAAAUCUGAUAAAGUGGUUGUGAUCGCUUACCUCUCCAGUACCACCGACGACCUCGCUCUCGAAUUCCGCGAAGCUUCCUUCGCCCUCCGAAACGACUACCUCUUUGGUAUGGCGACCGACAAGGCAGCCAUCGAAGCUGCCAGUGUCACCGCCCCCUCUAUUGUUGUAUAUCGGUCCUUCGAUGAGCCCAGACUGGAGUACCCGUAUCCAAUUUAUUCCCUCUCAAUGAACGAUCUUGUGGAGUGGGUAAGCGGCCUUGCGAUCCCUGUGUUUGCUAACGAUGAUGGGUCAGACUACGCCGUGUUUCUCCGCAGCGGCAAGCCCUUAGCAAUUCUGUUCGUCGGUCCUAGCCCAACCGCCGACAAGGAGGCACAAAUAUCCGGGAUCGCCCCCAUUGCAGCGAAAUACAAGUCCAAGAUGAAUUUUGUCUGGAGCGACGCGAGUAUUUUUGGCAGUCACCCCGACGUCCACUAUCCUGUGUUUGUUAUCCACAAUGUGGGAAGGCAGUCCAAGUACCCACUUGCGCCCCAAAAGGUUCAGGGUGUCACACCUGAGCGUGCUAUCGAAUUGGUAGAGCGGUACCUCGGUGGAAAGCGCGGCCGUCCACUUAAGGAUCAACCUGUCCCUGACCUCCAGGAAGAGCCUGUCCUCACAGUGUUUGACAACUUCAGCCUUGCGAAGAUAAAUUCCGAUUAUAGCAAAGAUAUUUUCAUACAUUUUUAUAAUAUACGGUCCAGAGAAAGUAUGCUCCUCGAACCUAUCUGGGAUAACCUCGGCAAGAAAUACGCUGCCAUCAAGGACCGUAUUGUCAUCGCUAGGAUGGACUCCCUAGAACACGGGCUUCCACUAUUCACCCCCUUCCGCAUGACGACAUUGCCCACUCUCAUGUUCCGGUCUGCGGGCACUCACGGCUUCAUCGAAUAUGACUCUACCAAUUACGCCUUUGAAAAUCUAGUCUCAUUUGUUGAAAUGCACGCCAAGAACCCUCUUGACCUUCCCGAGGUAUCAGACUCUCAAGACGCCCAGGCUCCGUUCUCCGUUGGAAGCUAA